GGAAAUGUAAUAACAAAUAACUUUCAUUGUUAUAACCAACAAAACAUUAUCGGUAGCUCAGUGGUGAAACAACAGUUGUGCGUUUUGCGGAGGUCUCACGUUCGAUUCUUUUCCCCUUCUUUUUUUCCCUCUUCAUCAUCGGAACCCUAAUUAUCAGGUCUUCCGAUCAAAUUAUACCGGAGUUUUCUUCACGCCGGUAAAGCUUCCUUCGUCUGUUCUUCUUAACAUCUUCAACUUUUCGCAUUCGUCAUGGAUUCAGAUAAACCCUCUUCCACCGGUCGAAAGCAUAGAUUUAAUCCAAAACCUCGAUCACGAGGAAAGACUAAAGCCGCUACUGCGUCUAAAACAGAAAUGGCUGAUGAUAAUGAUGAUUCCGAAGUCCAGCGACAACAGGUGUUGCAGCAUUUUAAUGAACUUGGCAAACAUCGACGGUCUAAAGUUGUGGAUAAAGUUCAAGCCACAUUCAUUCAUGGAGGAGAGCAAACUGUUAGCAUCAGAGGAUCUGAUUGCCCUCAAGAUGUAGGUCUCGAGCAUAACAGAGAAUCAGAUUUGAUGGACUUGGAUGACAGUACUGAGCCAUCUAAAGAUUCUUCAAUAUCUGCAGCUGGACCAAGUUUGGCAAAUAAGAGUUCAGAAGAUGAUUCAAAGGAGUACGGAAAACCUCGGAGGACUGAUACAUAUCAUCCCACCAUACUUCCUUGGAGGAGACCAAACUCUGGUGAUCCAGACAUUCUUGACGAGGCCGAAUUUGGGGAAGCCGCAACGAAAUAUGAUGAGAACGCAAUAAAUCCUGCCUCUGAACUUGGAUUGCUGAACCCAGAUGACACAAGUGAGAAAAUCAGGCUGCUGCUUCUUAAACUUCCUAAAUCUCUCCCUUCAAUUAAGCGGUCUGCUACUGCUGAGGGGGAACAAAUACAACAAGGCUAUAGUUUGAAAGAUUUGCCUCCAGGACACAUGGGGAAGAUGUGUGUUUACAAGAGUGGAGCUGUCAAACUUAAACUAGGAGAAACCCAAUUUGAUGUUUCACCUGGAACAACUAUUUCUGAUGCCGAAGAAGUAGUGGCAGUCAAUGCUGAAAAGAAGGAAUUCUUAUCUCUUGGGGACCUUGAUAAACGAAUGAUCAUAACCCCUGACGUAGACGACAUCUUGGAUAAUGAGGACCUCGGCUAGACAGAAAAGCAUCUGAUGCCUAUGAAGAACAGCAACAGUAUAGACUAUAGAGUACAUCUUGUAAUUUUGUAAGUAUGUAGGGACUAAGGAAGGAGUGCAGGUUCCUUGACUAAUUUAAAACUUCAAGCAUCAAAUUAGUUUUCGAUUGUUCAAAAACUGAAAAUAUUGAUUUUGUCA